AAUAAUGUGCGUUACUGUACAGUUUCUGUUCGCGGUUGGAACGAACGACAGCUCGUAAACAAAACAAAUUUGUCUUGUCUUGUCUGUCAAGUCAAAUGAAAUGGCUAUGUAGUUUAACUGAGUACUUACGUUUGUAAUUUUGUAUGUUCAGACCGUAUUCAGUAAAUACAUCUGUCAACGUUAGGUUCGGUGACAAAGGCUACCGUUAAAUUUUUCAAAAAUUAGUUUUGUUUCCAAGCAUUUGCCUUAGGACAAUGUCGUCCCGUAAAAGACCUCGAGAACCACCUCUGCGCUACAUGGAAUCACCUGUCCCCAGCAAAGUGGCGAGAGGGGCCUUUUCUGAUAUGGAGGACGCACAGCUACUCUCGGCUUUGAUGAAGCAUGGCCCUGUUGACAUAAGCAAACUAACCGCAUUGGUACCCACCAGAAACGAGUAUCAGGUGAAGCAAAGAAUUUUAGUACUGCAGAGGAAAGCACAACAGUCCCUGACAACUGUUGAGUUAGGCGGUAACAAGAGGGGUCCUAAGUAUCAGGCCCGUCAGAAAGUUGCGCUUGACCAAUGGUUAGAUGAUCUAUUGCAUCUCGAGGAAAAAGCUCAAAUUAUGCAUGGUACUCAGGAGGAACUUCAUGUGCGUAUGCUUCCCAAAUGUAUGAGUUUAAUUGCCAAGUAUGAGGAUCAUCCUCAGCCUCAUGAAUGUGCUGGGGUUAAUUUUAAAAAUGUCUACGGAUUUUUAGAGAAUAUGAUGCUUGGGCAGCCAUCAAAAAACUUAAAAAAGGAAGAUGCAAAAUUUUUAAUAGAAUCAUUGCAGCGUCUAUCAACUGCUGUUGAUAAUUCCAAUGUGGCAAAAGAGACUGAAUUUUUGCUGUGUGGCCGUCCUCAGUGGCGUUUCAAGGGGGAAAGACUCCGCACAUAUGGAAAGACCAGAUAUCUCUUCUCUGAUAAUGAAGAUGAUGAACUUGAAGAAGGACUGAAAAUCCUGGACUCUGCCAAGUUUAACCCUUUCCAAGUUCCCAAACAAUUAAUUAAAAGAAAUGAACCUUUAAAAAAGUAAGCAAAUAGUCUCUGUCCUGUGAUAUUUGAGAGAGUGUAAUUUGUUGGGGAAAUAAAUAGUAACUCAGAUCUG